CCUACUCACACCCGAAGCAACGGAGGAACCUCGUGCUGCACGUCUCCCUUUCCACAGGUCUGUGUUGUGACUGUGUUGACGUGCGCGUGUGACCCGAGGCAAGGCAAAUUAGCGAGAAACCCCUUCCUGUUGGGUUUGGGUACAUUUCGCGGUGUGGCAUCUCGCACAGGUGCUUCACGAGAGAGCCACGGCACGGAAGCCUGGGCGGACCUCCCGGCGGUGUAGAAGCGAAUAGGUGGUGAAUGCUGAUCGCACCGGUUGCAUGCCGUUGCCUCUCCUCGCGGACGCUACCCACACCAUCGCCCUUAGCGUUGAGGUGUUGAAGCAAUAGGGCAUUUCUGCCAUGGCACAUCGACUGAGAUAGACGCGCGGGGACACUAACGCACACGUAUAGCCCGAGGCAGACAUUUGGACGCUUGGCUAGUUUACCCACCUACAUUCCACAUGCCGGAUCUUAAGGACCCAAGCAUGGCAAGCAUGGCCAAGUUCAAAAAGGACAAGGAGAUCAUCGCGGAGUACGAGAGCCAGGUGAAAGAAAUCCGGGCUCAGCUGGUGGAGCAACAGAAGGUUCUGGAACAGCAGACGGACAUGCGAGUACAGCUGCUUCAGGACCUGCAGGAUUUCUUCCGGAAGAAGUCGGAGAUCGAGAGCGAGUACUCACGCAACUUAGAGAAGCUUGCCGAGCGCUUCAUGGCCAAGACACGCAGCACCAAGGAUCACCAACAAUACAAGAAAGACCAGAACCUUCUGUCUCCAGUGAACUGUUGGUACCUGCUCCUGAACGAGGUUCGCCGCGAGAGCAAAGACCACGCCACUCUGAGUGACCUGUACCUGAACAACGUCAUAACACGCUUCGCUCACAUCAGUGAAGACACUACACGACUGCUCAAGAAGAGUAAAGAGAUCAUCUUCCAGCUACAGGAGGAGCUGAUGAAGGUUCUCAAUGAGCUCUACACGGUGAUGAAGACCUACCACCUGUACAACAGCGAGACGCUGAGCGCGGAGGUGAAGCUUCGAGAGGCGGAGCGGCAGGGGGAGCGGGGGGGUCGGGGGGGAGAGGUGGUGUUCGGGCUGCGCACGGAGGAUCGCCACCAGCGCCGCAACAACGCCCGCAAGAUCCAGAAGAUGAAGGAGAAGAGGCAGGCCAAGUACUCUGAGAAUAAGCUGAAAGUGAUGAAGGCUCGUAAUGAGUACCUACUGACCCUGGAGGCCACCAACGCAGCGCUCUUUAAAUACUACGUACACGACCUGUCCCACCUCAUCCAUAGCUGUGACCUUGGCUACCACUCUGGGCUGAGCCGAGCCCUGCGCACGUAUCUGUCGGCGGAGUACGGGGUGGAGACGGCACGACACGAGGGCCUGGACAUCCUGGAGGGGGCAGUAGAGAGUCUGGACCCGGGCAGUGACCGCCAGCGCUUCAUGGAGACACACCCCUCAGCGUUCACACCGCCUCCCAGAUUCUCCUAUCAGCCACACAUGGGAGACCAGGUGACCCAGCUGACAGCGCUGCCGCAGGUGCAGUCAGAACUGCUGCUGAGAUACACUCAACUGCAGUCCCGCCUCUCCACUCUCAAGAUAGAGAAUGAGGAGGUGAAGAAGACGUGGGAGGCGACGUUGAGCACGAUCCAGGACCUGGUGAGUCUGGAGGACUUCGACGUGUCCGAGAGCUUCCAGAGGAGCCGCUCCACCGAGUCCGUCAAGUCCAGCGUGUCCGACACCUACCUGAGCAAGCCCAGCCUGGCCAAGAGAAGGGCCAACCAGCAGGAGACGGAGCUCUUCUACUUUAUGAAACUGCGUGAACACCUGGAGGGAAGUAACCUCAUCUCCAAACUCCAGGCCAAGCAUGACUUACUGAAGAAGAGCAUAGCAGAUGGUUACAGAGGAGAUGUGAUGACCACAAGCCGUCGAAGGAACUCCCACAGCAGACAGCAGGAGCAAGGAAAAGCCCUUCCCCUUAUCGUGCAGAGCUGCAUCAGAUACAUUAACCUGCACGGGUUGCAGCACCAGGGGAUCUUCAGAGUCUCAGGAUCUCAAGUGGAGGUCAAUGACAUCAAAAAUUCAUUUGAGCGGGGAAAUGACCCUCUGUCAGAUGAGGAGAACGCUCCAGACAUUAACUCGGUGGCCGGAGUUCUAAAGCUGUACUUCAGGAAUCUGGAGAACCCACUGUUCCCCAAAGAGCUCUUCAAUGAGCUGAUCGCCACCGUGCGCAUAGAGAGCCUGUAUGAUAGGGCUCUGAGCAUCCGUAAGAUCCUGACCACAGCCCCCCGCACCUCCAUGGUGCUGAUGAGAUACCUGUUUGCCUUCCUCAACCACCUGUCUCAGUACAGUGAUGAGAACAUGAUGGAGUCGGGCAACUUGGCCAUCUGCUUCGGCCCGACGCUCAUGCCCACGCCAGAGCUGCAGGACCAGGUGUCGUGCCAGGCCCACGUCAACGAGGUCAUCAAGACCAUCAUCGUCCACCACGAGACCAUUUUCCCCAACCGCCAGGAGCUCGACGGGCCACUCUACGAGAAGUGCAUGAGCGCCACCGAGUACUGUGAGAGUCCGUACAGUGAGUCUGGAGCUCUGGAGGAAGGAGAGCAAGAUGGAGGCACUGAAACACAAACUAGUGAGGAUGAGGCUGAGCCCCUGGAGGCCGUAGCCAAGUUUGACUACACUGGGCGCUCGGCGCGAGAGCUGUCAUUCAAGAAAGGGGCGUGUCUUCAGCUGUUCCAGCGUGCAUCAGACGACUGGUGGGAGGGGCGUCAUAACGGCAGCACUGGCCUCAUCCCCCACCAGUACAUCAUAUUAAAGAGCGAUGGUGACAGUGUGAAGGUGAAAGCUAGCAGCCCUUCUGAGAGCAACAGAAGCCUGAGCUCACCGACCGAGGGCAGAGCUACAGAUUCCUUCAUCAGCAGGCACAGGAAGCGCACUGAGGCCCUCCUGCGUCGUGCGCCCAGUCGCCUGAGUGACAGCCACUGCCAUGGCAACGGCUCCGUGCUGGAGCGCAGCUCGCCACCCGUCACCGUGACGGUCACCGGUCACUUCAGCCCUCGCGAGCUGCUCCGCGGCAUCACACACUCCACGCAGACGCUGGCACACACGCAGUCGUCGCACGCGCUCACACACUCCACACACUCCACGCACGGCAUGCACAGCCCCGAGAGGCCGCGGCAGAGGACCAGCGCCAUGGUGACGAGACAUGAGUCACUGCGCCGUGACCGGGAGAGCCCGCCCACACCCUCCCAGGGCCGCGCCCGCACGCUGAACCCACACACCUUGGCACAGGAGAUUGAGGAGACGGUGGCAGCUGCCCUGAGUGGGCUGCGUGUGUUGGAGCGGGGUCAGUUGGAGCGGGGUCAGUCGGAGCGGGGUCAGUUGGAGCGGGGUCAGUCGGGUCAGUGUGGAGGUGGCGGAGGAGGGAGCAGCGUGUGUGGUGUUAAGCCGGACCUGGUACUGGACACACUGGAGACGGUGAAGAACGGGGCCCCGAUGGGCCCCACAGGCUCCACCCCCUCCAGCCUGUCCAGCCCGUCUGAUUCGCCGAGCCCCAUGAGCCCGCUGGGCUCCUCCCUCCCACCGCUGCCUGGCCCCGCCUCCCGCCCCCCCGAGCCGCCCGUCACAUUUGAGCCGGUCACCUUCAGCCCCGUGGCCGCCGCCCGCCCCCCCGCGCUGCGGCCUAAGCCGCCCCUCAUGCCCAAGAGCCACACGCCCUCGCAGCAGCCCUCGCCCACGCUGCACCUCCCCCCCGAUAAGUCCGGAACCAUGUGAGCGGAACCGGACCACGCUGGACCGGAGUGGACCGGCACGGAACCGGACCGGCACGGAGGAGGACUGAGACGGAGAUGAAGUCCAGGCUGGGCUCCUGACCAGGACUCAUGUACAAAAGAUGACUGUAGGGCUGGGUAGCUGAUUGGUCAAAAGAUGACUGUAGGGCUGGGUAGCUGAUUGGUCAAAAGAUGACUGUAGGGCUGGGUAGCUGAUUGGUCAAAAGAUGACUGUAGGGCUGGGUAGCUGAUUGGUCAAAAGAUGACUGUAGGGCUGGGUAGCUGAUUGGUUGGAUAGAUUUAGCCAGUGAAAAAUGUCAGUGUGCUUUUUUUAGGCGGGUGUGCGGUCCCUCAGUGUGUAUGUGUAGCCGUGCUUGUGUUGUUGUGGUUGUGUUUCAGAAACACACACAUACACACACACACUGGCCAGCACACACUGAGGGAUCCAUGUACAGGACUAGCGCCCAGUGGUCUAGGUGUUGGAAAUGUAGUCUUUUAGUGGAGUGUGUUUCGUGUUGUGAGUCUUAGGGCCUUACUGCCACCGAGAGAUCAAAACUGCUCCUCCAGGGUUUCUUUUGAUUGGAUGAGCAAGCUGCUGUGUUGCCAUGGUUUUGUUUGAUUGGCUGGAAAAGCUGCUAUAUUCCCGUUGUUUUUGUUUGAUUGGCUGGAAGAAGCUGCUAUAUUUCUCAUGGUUGCAUUUGAUUGGAUGGAAGAAGCUGCUAUAUUCUCAUGGGGAUGUUUUAAUUGGCUGAUGAUAGGAAGUGAAGUUGGUGUUUGAUUGGUGACAGGGUUUAGCUAACAGGAACAGAGUGCUGAUAGGAACUGUAGUCAGUAAGCUUUAUUCAAAGCCACCUGGUGCAUACACAUGGCCUCUUUGAGUGCCAGACACUGAAUGUAUUUCUCCUGAAUGUUUUUUUUAGUAUUAUUUCACACGGAUUCACACAUAGCCUUCAUUACCGUGGAGACGCCUUGGUGACCGUAGUAAUGUUGCUGCCGGGGUCCUUAUUACCUUAGCAAAACCCCCCCCCCCCCCCCCCCCCCACACACACACACACAUGCAUAUACACACACACACGCACACACACACACACACACACAUGCAUAUACACACACACACACACAAACACAAAUGACAAGUACAAGUUCCUUCACAGUUUUGGACACACUGCCUUGUUGAUGAGGCCCAAAUCUGCAGCCUGAGGACUCAUUGGGCGUGCUGCUGUUGCAUCAUGGGACAUUCAGACUCUGGGGCUUCCAUCGCCGAUGGCAACCAUGACCUGCUGGUGCAGCUCUCUCUGAGGACCAAUGGCAAUCGCUGUUUUGACCAAUAUGCCAUUUUGACCCAUGUCCUUCCAGUGUGUGUGUGUGUGUGUGAGAGAGAGAGAGAGAGAGGAGCGCAAGGAAUGUGUUGACUUGUUUUCAGACCUACCCAUGAGAACAUUCCUUCACUUUAUGUCCACUGUUUGUGUGUGUCAGUGUGUGUGUGUUUGUUUGGAAAAAGAGGGUCUGUAUAUAUGCACUUGCUGCUGCUGUGUGAGUGUGUGUAGAAAUGUAUGUGAGAGUCUUCUCUCAUGCUAAGACAUCUACCUAAGCUAUUCUCAGCUAGUCUCAGUUUGCAAAAUGUAACAUAAGUGUGUUAAUUAGCAGAACCAAUCUGAGGAGUACAACUCUAUAUAUGUGUGUGUGUGCGUGUGUAUGAGAGAGAGAGUGAGAUUGAGAGAGAGAGAGAGUGUGCGCGUAUGAGA